CACCAUCACGCCCGUGGUGGGCAAGAAACGGAAGCGCAACGCCUCCUCCGACAACUCCGACGCCGAGGUGAUGCCGGCGCAGUCGCCGCGGGAGGAAGAAGAAACCAGCGUCCAGAAGCGACGAUCGAAUCGGCAGGUCAAACGGAAGAAAUACACCGAAGAUUUGGACAUCAAGAUCACCGAUGAUGAGGAGGAUGAAGAGUUGGACGUAACGGGACCGAUUCGACCGGAGCAACCGCCGGUUCCUCAACCCCCCGUCCCGGAACCGGAGCCGGAGGGCGAGACGUUGCCCUCCAUGCAGUUUUUUGUGGAAAACCCCAGCGAGGAGGACGCGGCCAUCGUGGAUAAGGUCCUCUCCAUGAGGGUGGUGAAGAAAGAGCUUCCGUCGGGGCAGUUGACGGAGUCGGAAGAGUUUUUCGUCAAAUACAAGAACUACUCCUACCUCCACUGCGAGUGGGCCACCAUCGACCAACUGGAGAAGGACAAGAGGAUCCACCAAAAGCUGAAGCGUUUCAAGACGAAGAUGACUCAGAUGCGACAUUUUUUCCACGAGGAUGAAGAACCUUUUAACCCCGACUACGUAGAGGUGGACCGCAUCUUGGACGAGUCCCACAGCGUCGACAAAGACAACGGGGAGCCGGUGGUCUACUACCUGGUGAAGUGGUGCUCCUUACCCUACGAGGACAGCACUUGGGAGCUCAAGGAGGACGUAGACGAGGGGAAAAUCGGGGAAUUCAAACGUAUCCAAGCCCGACACCCGGAACUCAAGCGUUUGGCUCGUCCUCAAGCCGGUUCCUGGAAGAAACUGGAGCUCUCCCACGAGUACAAGAACCACAACCAGCUUCGCGAAUACCAACUGGAAGGGGUCAACUGGUUGCUCUUCAACUGGUACAACAGGCCAAACUGCAUCCUGGCCGACGAGAUGGGUUUGGGCAAGACCAUCCAAUCCAUCGCUUUCCUACAAGAGGUCUACAACGUCGGUAUUCGCGGUCCUUUCUUGGUCAUCGCCCCGCUCUCCACCAUCACCAACUGGGAACGAGAGUUCAACACCUGGACGGAGAUGAACAGCAUCGUCUACCACGGCAGUUUGGCUUCUCGGCAGAUGAUCCAACAGUACGAGAUGUACUGCAAGGACUCGCGGGGUCGUCUCAUCCCCGGAGCCUACAAAUUUGACGCGCUCAUCACCACCUUCGAGAUGAUCCUCUCCGACUGCCCCGAGCUGCGAGAGAUCGAGUGGCGUUGUGUCAUCAUCGACGAGGCCCACCGCUUGAAGAACCGCAACUGCAAAUUGCUCGACAGCCUCAAGCACAUGGACCUGAGUGGGGUCCUGACGGUGCGUGUGGGGUCCUGGUGGCAUCUGGAGACGUUUGGGCUCAUCCCGAGCCCCCGGGGGAUGGUCCUGAAGGUGCGUGUGGGGUCCUGGUAG